GUGAUUCACUUUUGUGGCACAACAUUGAAGGGAGGGGAAAUGGAUGCGCGUCUGAAGAGAUCAGAAGCUUUGCUGAGAUUGUUGGCAGCGAUGUUUGCAGUGGCAACAGCAGUUGUUGUGGCCACAAACAGGGAGACUGAAUAUAUGAUCAUUCAAAAACGGGCUACCAUGAAAGACUUGAAUUGUCUUGAGGUACUUGUGAUGGUGGAGUCAAUUGCUGCUGGGUAUCAAAUGGUACAACUCCUCAAAUGCAUCCUUUCUUGGAAUUCCACUUCCUGCUGUACCCGUCUUGCUUGGCUUACUCUCUCAUUCGACCAGGUCGUGGUGUACGGCUGUCUUGGCGCGGUGGCGGCCGCAAUCCAAGGCUCAUACUUUGCUAAGUUUGGUGCACGCGAGCUUCAAUGGUCCAAGCUUUGCAACAUUUACCAGAGAUUUUGCUUGCACAUAACAUACAGUUUAAUCACUGGCCUUUGUUCUGCUUUGGCCAUGGCCGUGGUCUCAGCAAUGUCGGCUUUCAACCUCUUCAGCCAUUUCUCACCAACUCGCCCUCUCUCUCUCAAAAGAGUACACAAAUAAUGGAAAUAAUUUCCUCUCCCUCUCUAGGGUAAUCAGGACUAGAAACAACUAGUUCCAUGUGUACGUCGGUGAAACUUCAAUAAAAGCGAAGAUUGGGAAUUGAACAUAUGUUUAUUUUUCUUAAUUUUUUGGAAAAUUUAUGUUUUAAGAGAAAUUCGAUUUGAGCUACAUUAUUGGUACUUGUGUUUGAUGUUAUGAAGGAAAUAUGGCCCUUGAUCUAGACAGGACAUUGGGAUGGAUGGCCCAGAUUGGUAUUGAUAUUAUUGCCUUGUAAAGAUAUUGUUCUAGCAGUUGUAGGAAA